GGACUUUUACUGAAAAAGUCCUAAUCAGAUAAUCUCUGAUACACGGGGACGGGGGGGUUAUCAGCCCCCAGUUCUGGUGUCCCUGACGGGGUCCGCGUCAGACCAGCGCAGACCCGCCUCCUGUCUGUGAAGCUCGGUGCGGAUCUCUCCUGCUGUCCGCUUCCAUCCCAUAUUCCUCUGGGAAGGAGAGAGGGAGAGAGAGAGAGAGAGAGAGGGAGAGAGGGAGAGAGCAGGACCUGAAAGAGGGCAACGAAAGAAAAAGAAGAGAGAAAAACGGAACAAUGACCCAAAUGGCGCUCAUGGCAGGAAUUUUCUUCACCGUCCUUAUUUCUGGGAUUUCUACUAUUGGUUCUUCGGCUCGGAUCUACCCCCCAAAUGAAGUUACAUUACUGGACUCCAGAUCCGUUCAGGGGGAGCUGGGAUGGGUUUCCAACCCGACAGAAGGAGGGUGGGAGGAAGUGAGCAUCAUGGAUGAAAAGAACAUCCCAAUCCGGACAUACCAGGUGUGUAAUGUCAUGGAGCCGAAUCAGAACAACUGGCUCCGCACUGACUGGAUCCCCCGUGAAGGAGCCCAGCGGAUCUACAUUGAGAUCAAGUUCACCCUUCGGGACUGCAACAGUCUGCCGGGGGUCAUGGGAACCUGCAAAGAGACCUUCAAUCUUUACUACUAUGAGUCUAACAAUGACAAAGAGCGCUACAUCCGUGAGAACCAGUUCAACAAGAUCGAUACCAUUGCUGCAGAUGAGAGCUUCACUCAGGUGGACAUUGGUGAUCGGAUCAUGAAGCUAAACACAGAAGUUCGGGAUGUGGGUGGCUUGAACCGGAAGGGUUUCUAUUUGGCCUUCCAGGAUGUUGGAGCGUGCAUUGCGCUUGUUUCUGUGAGGGUCUUCUACAAAAAAUGUCCUCUGUCUGUACGGAACCUGGCCCAGUUUCCUGAUACCAUAACUGGGGCCGACACGUCCUCACUGGUGGAGGUCCGAGGCUCAUGUGUGGAUAAUUCAGAGGAAAAAGAGGUCCCUAAGAUGUACUGUGGUGCUGAUGGAGAAUGGUUGGUGCCCAUUGGGAACUGCCUGUGCAAUCCUGGAUAUGAGGAGCGUAAUGCAGAAUGUCAAGCCUGUAAAAUUGGAUACUACCGCGCUCUGGCCACUGAUGGCUCCUGCUCCAAAUGUCCGCUCAACAGUUACUCCGUCAGGGAGGGCUCCACCUCCUGUGCCUGCGAUAAGGGAUACUUCCGCUCUGAAACAGACCCAGCUUCCAUGCCCUGCACCCGUCCUCCGUCUGCACCUGCCCACCUCAUCUCCAACGUUAACGAGACCUCCGUAAACCUGGAGUGGAGCCCACCUCGGAGCUCAGGGGGGCGCCAGGACCUGACCUACAAUGUUGUGUGUAAACGCUGCGGGCCUGACGGCCGGCGCUGUCAGCCUUGCGGUAACGGCAUCCACUUCAGCCCCCAGCAGCUGAGCCUGAAGGGAACGAGGGUGUCCAUCAACGAGCUGCAGGCCCACACCAACUACACCUUUGAGGUGUGGGCGGUUAAUGGGGUGUCAUCUCAGAGUCCAGGGCCGGACCAGGCCGUGUCUGUGACCGUCACCACCAACCAGGCCGCUCCCUCUCCAGUGACUUCCAUCCAGGCCAAAGACAUCACAAGACACACCAUCUCACUGGCCUGGCAGCCUCCAGACAGAGCCAACGGGGUCAUUCUGGAGUAUGAGGUCAAGUACUACGAGAAGGACCAGAAUGAACGGAGCUACCGUAUCAUUAAAACAUCAUCCAGAAACACAGCGAUUAAAGGCCUCACCCCUCUCACCUCCUACGUAUUCCACGUGCGCGCCCGCACUGCCGCCGGCUAUGGUGAAUUCAGCGGCCCGUUUGAGUUCAUGACCAACUCAGUCCCAGCUCCCAUCAUCGGUGAUGGUGCCAACUCUACCGUGUUGCUGGUGUCGGUGGUGGGCAGUGUAGUCCUCCUCAUCAUCCUCAUCAGCGCUUUCGUCAUCAGCCGAAGAAGGAGUAAGUACAGCAAAGCCAAGCAGGACUCUGAUGAAGAGAAGCACUUAAAUCAAGGAGUGAGGAUCUACGUUGACCCCUUUACAUACGAGGACCCAAAUCAAGCUGUCCGUGAGUUUGCCAAAGAGAUCGACGCCUCCUGUAUCAAGAUUGAGAAAGUUAUUGGCAUCGGAGAGUUCGGCGAGGUCUGCAGUGGCCGUCUGAAGAUGCCAGGAAAGAGGGAGAUCUGCGUGGCCAUAAAGACGCUGAAGGCCGGAUACACCGACAAGCAGAGGCGGGACUUCCUGUCUGAGGCCAGCAUCAUGGGCCAGUUUGACCACCCUAACAUCAUUCACCUGGAGGGUGUGGUCACCAAAUGUAAGCCGGUGAUGAUUAUCACGGAGUACAUGGAAAACGGAUCACUGGAUGCAUUCCUGAGGAAAAACGAUGGUCGCUUCACAGUCAUCCAGCUCGUCGGCAUCCUACGUGGCAUCGCGUCAGGCAUGAAGUACCUGUCAGACAUGAGCUACGUACACCGCGACCUGGCUGCCCGCAACAUCCUGGUCAACAGCAACCUGGUGUGCAAGGUGUCCGACUUCGGCAUGUCUCGAGUUCUGGAGGACGACCCUGAGGCUGCAUACACCACCAGGGGAGGGAAGAUCCCCAUCCGCUGGACGGCCCCCGAGGCCAUUGCUUACAGGAAGUUUACCUCAGCUAGUGACGUGUGGAGCUAUGGCAUCGUCAUGUGGGAGGUGAUGUCAUAUGGCGAGCGGCCAUACUGGGACAUGAGUAACCAAGAUGUUAUCAAAGCUAUUGAUGAGGGCUAUCGGCUGCCCCCGCCCAUGGACUGCCCCGUAGCGCUCCACCAGCUCAUGCUGGACUGCUGGCAGCGAGAGAGGGCAGAUCGACCAAAGUUCGGACAAAUCGUCAACAUGCUGGACAAGCUGAUCCGGAACCCCAGCACCUUAAAGAGGACUGGAGGGGAGACUGCAGUCAGGUCCAACACCACCCUACUGGAGCCAGGGAGUCCAGAGCCGUCCUCAACCCUGGGCUCAGUGGAGGACUGGCUGCAGGCCAUCGGCAUGGAGCGUUACAGCGACAACUUCACCGCAGCUGGAUACACCACACCGGAAGCUGUGGUCCACAUGACACAAGAGGAUAUGACACGCAUCGGCAUCUCCUCGGCAGCACACCAGAACAAGAUCCUGACCAGCGUCCAGGGAAUGCUGUCCCAAAUGCAACAGAUGCAAGGCAGAAUGGUUCCUGUCUGAGAGCAUGAAGCUGAGAAAAAGGAUCAAAAAGACUUUAUUUCUUAUGAGAAAAAUGACUAAAUAACAAAAAUAUGAAAUAUUAAAAAAGAGACAAACUAUGAAGAAAUAGUUUACCUCAUCCAUGCACUUUAAAUAUGGAUGUAAAAGAAAAGAAGACGUUGAAGAAAAAGUGGCUAAAACGGCACUUUUGUUGAAAAAUCUGACCUUUACCCUUUUUGUUGUUCUGGAGAACCGGACUUUAAAGCAUUUAUGGAUCGAUGGAGGGACGGCUGGAAAAGUGCUUCCGAUUUUGGAGUGCCUUUAUGGUGUGGAAGAAAAAGGGAAUUGUGUGUUCUCCCUCCUAUUGGGAAAAGCGUUGUUUCUGGAACGUUCUUUCUGGAAUAACAGGAGGAGCAGAUUCUUUUCAUUUCCUGUGACUGUUUAUUGUACAUGAGUUGUUUGUGCCACGGCCACCAUUGUUCUCGCUCUGCUGGAUCUGCUUGAUUUUCCCUGCAACCCAUCAGAUGUGAACCGGAGGUUGUUGGAUUCUGGAGGGAGAUGCUGGUACAGGGAAAGCUUUUUUAAGGAGCUUUUUAUGUUUUUUUUGCUCAGUUCUGGCCUCGUUGUUCUCUAGAACGCCUUCAGGACGUUACUGAGAAUGUCUUUGAUCUUCCAGAGGAACCUUCCCACUUCCCGUCUUACCAAAACUGCCCUCUGACACCUUGGAUAAACAAACGCAAUGUUUGACUUCUUCCAUACAUCUCUCGUCUGAAUCGAGCCCCCCAGCCAACUCUUCCGCACUGCUUUCCCUUUGGACCGGGUGAACUGCUUGAAGUUGCUCGAUCUAAGGAUCAGCAUUAGUGCAGAGUGAAUCAUCAUCAUCAACUUCAUCGUCACCAAGCAAACCAGAAAAAAAGUGGUGGAUUAAUCAACCUGUCAUCAAGCUGCUGCCGUCCAUAACAAACCGGAUCUUGGCUUCACUCACUGCCACCAAAAUUCCUCUUUCCUCUUUAUCAUUCCUCUCCUGCCCCACCCUAACCUCUUCUCGUUUUGGGUCUCCAACGUCCAGCAUCACAGCAGGUCUCCCUGACGGACCAGCUUCCCUAAGCUUGUGGCCAUCCAGUUGGAAAAGCUAGAAUUCCUCGGAACAAUCCAACAGCAUAAACAGAGGCGAGAAGUAGAAUGUAACAAAACUCUGAAAAGACCUGCUCCAGAAGACUUUUCUUCAAAGUUUCAUUUGUGAUUUUUUGUUUUAAUAUUGAUCUGUUUGCAUGUUGAGUAACAAGAUUUUGAUCUGAGUGUGUGUGUGCUUGUAUGUGUGUGUGUGUGUGUUUAUGGGUUAUUGUGUCUAUUUCCAUGUUGCAGUGGAGAAGGAGGUAACAGAGUUGUAUAGUUUUUGAUAAAAAAAAUAGGGUAAAUCUGGACUUUUUUUGCUUCUUGUGUCAGCAUCCUUGGCACUCAUGUCCUGCGAAGUCCCAGCAGCAGCUUUUCUCAGCAGCUUUCUGACAUGAACCCAGUACUGCUGUAGACGGAUGCUCAGCUGGGAAAGCUGCAGUUCAGAGUCUCUGAGCUCAUCGCCAGCCGAGGAGGAAACAUCUUCCUUAAUGUGCAGAUGGCAGCAGGUGAUGCGGACUGACCUGUGCCGGAUAAAGGAUCAAGAGAGUGAAGGGAAAAGCCGUUCAGAAGGGAAAACAGUUUAUUUUAUUUUUUUUCCAGAGCACAUCCCACCGCUGCAGGUUCAACCCACUGGACCGCGUUCCCUCUGUUUAACUUUUUAAACUACACAUAUGUGAAUGUUUCUGAACACUUCAUGUAAAACAACAACACCUUCGUCCUUAAUACAGCUCUACAACUCUAUGAUCUUGGAAAAGCGUUGUUUAUUUUUUGGGGAAGGGGGAUUAAUCUAUCAAGUAAAAGGACCUGUUUGGAAAUAUGCAAGAUAUGUUAGGAAGGAGAAGGUAACCAGAAUGUACUGUAAUAUACUUUUUUUUCCCUUUACUUAAAUGUCAAAUGAGUUGAAAAAAGAAAAAGAAAUUACACGAGUUAAAGUCAUUGUACGCCUUCCGAUGCCAUAAGAUCAACAUCUAACAUUCUCUGAUCUUUUUUGUACUUUCUGGACAUGAUCAUGUUUUUUUUUUUUCCUUGUUUUUGUUUUGGUUGAGAAGCCCUAGGUACAUGUAACUUAUGUCAUUUAUUUAUGUCCUUUUAUAUCUAGUUUGUAAAAUAAUAGCUUAAAGUGAAGAAAAUAAAAGAGUGCCGAGGUGCAUUCUUAUUAAAGUAGAAAUUA